AUGAACUCUUUGAGGAAAAUUCUCACCUUGGCGGUCAUUUUGGCAGGAAAAUUCGUCUCUACACUAUCGCAACGCCAAGGCCAAAAUUUUGGUUUUAUUGUUCUCCAUUAUAGGAACGGAAGAAUAGGAGACGAAUGGUCGCAUAGAGGGAAAGCUUUGAAUCGGCUGUUUUACUCGGUCAAACUCGUGCUUCCAGAUGGUAUCUUUGAGAAUUCACGAGAAAAGGUGAUUGAGAGCGGACCGGACGAGUACAUUCUAGAAGCUGCCGAAAAUCAAGGUCUAGAUCUUCCAUACAGCUGCAGAGGAGGCAGCUGCUCUACAUGUGCAGCAACUCUUGUCGAGGGAGAAAUAGAUAAUGACGAACAAAGCUACCUUACUGACGAACAGCAGAAAAAGGGUUAUUGUUUGCUUUGUACAGCAUAUGCUAAAAGUGAUUGUACAAUUCACACUCAUAAGGAGGACCGAUUACACAAAGAAGAAGAAUCUACAAAAGAGGGGGAACAUACUUCGUCUUGA